UUUGCAAUAUUUUUAUGGUUUUUACUACAAGUUUUCGAUCUUUCUUUUCUAUGAUCAAUGAAAUAAAAGUAUUUUGUUUGUAAAAUGUGCAUGGUACUAUCACAACAUUGUUUAAGAACGUAGAAUUAAAAUUAUAUCAAAAUGACACUUCUUCUGAAGCUUUCAGCAUGGAAAAAUCUAAUAAAAAGAUCAUUUUCACCAAGGAAUCAAAUAAUAACAAUAUCAAAGUUCGAUAUUCAUACGUCGGAAUAUUCUUUCCAUGGUGAAUAUGAAAUGCAAGACCCAAAAUCAGAAGCUGAUAUUGUUAAUGUUACUUUUAUUGAUAAAAUGGGAAAAAGAAUACCUAUAAAAGGGAAAGUGGGAGAUAAUGUACUGUAUUUAGCCCAUAGAUAUGGAAUUGAAAUGGAAGGUGCUUGCGAAGCAUCUCUUGCUUGUACCACUUGUCACAUAUAUGUACAUCAUGAUUAUAUGGAUAAACUCCCAACAGCUGAAGAAAAAGAGGAGGAUUUAUUAGAUUUAGCUCCAUUUUUAAAAGAAAAUUCUAGAUUAGGUUGUCAAAUUAUAUUAACGAAAGAAUUAGAUGGUAUAGAAUUAGAACUGCCUCAAGCAACAAGAAAUUUCUAUGUAGAUGGCCACACACCAGCUCCACAUUAAUAAAUUUUUUCCUUUGUAUUUAGCUUAAUAUGUACAUAUUUUAUUCAUUCAAUUAGUAUAAUUGUAAAUUUAUAUAUUAUUAUAUAUAAAAUGUAAAUGUAGUAUAAAUUGAGUAUUAUGUAACACAUAAGUUAUUUCUUUCUUUUUUUUUUUAUAUUUUAGUGAUCAGUGAUUAAUGAAAACAUAUUUUCAGAAUGUACUGUAAUGUAUUUCAUAAACUUUUAGAACAACAAACUUAAUUUAUAUGACAUUUUGUCAUGAUACAAUAUAUUUAUUUCUUAUACAUUUGGAUUAUGAUACAUAUUUUUAAUUACAAUGAUACAAGAUUUAAACAUUUAUGAUAUAAUGAAUCUGUAAAUUAAAAUUGUAUUUGUUAAUCUUGCAGCAUUUACAUUAUCAGUGAAAAUACCCUAUAAGUUUUUUUGCAAACUGAUCGUUUUUGAGCACUGCCACUAAUUUGUUUACAUGUUUUCCAUUUCUGGCAGGCACCACUUUUAUGCAUUUUCCCAGUUUGACAACUUUCACAAUAACUUUAUGUAUACAUAUUCUCUAUAUGUGCAUACGUUCCCACGUUCAUUAGCUCGUUAUAUAUGCUUACGCAACUUGCGCUUCUUUUCAUGCAUCCACACAUAUCAGUGUCGAUAAUUAUUAUCAUCAACAUUGUCAUAUAAUUAUCGUACAAACUAUAUUUAUUUAUAUUUUCUGCUCAUUAUUGAUCACUAUAAUUAUAGACACGUUAUAAUAUCUCAGAUCAAUCGCAACCUACAGUCAUACUUGAUAAGUAAAAGAAUUUAAAUAGAAGUACAUUCACACAAUGUCAUACAAAACUACACUGUGAAUAUGAUUAUAUAUGUAUCUCUCAUUUGGUAUGAGUCAUCACAACGGACUUAUUGAAAAAAUAAUUUUUUGUACUUAUUUGUAAUUAAAAACGGGUCAUGAUAUUUAAUUAAAUAUUGUACAGAAAGAAACUGUCUACAUUACAUAAUGUAUCAAUGGAAUACUUUGAAUCAAUAAAAAUAAAAAAUUUGUUUGAUAUCAAAAUUAAACUCGAUUUUCUAUGGCAGUAAACAAUUUAAUAUUUACAUAGAUUGCAAAUUUUUAAAUAAAAUUCUUUCGAAUUUUGUGAAUUUGUAAUUCUAAAGAUGUUUAUAUAAAAUUUCCUGUAUAAAAUAAAUCCUGACUGAUAUUAAUCGAUUUACGAUAAACGCAUAUUGUAUAUAGAAAGCCUAAUUAUACCACUUUUGUUGUGUAUCUCCCUGAGCUUAUUAAGUAAAAGUAUAAAUACAAUUUUUCAUAUUAUCAAAAUGAAAGAUCAUUAUUUUCUUGGAAGUAUCUUUAUUAUAAGUUGUAUUUGAUACUCUCCUUCUCUUCUGUUAAAAGAAUUAGCAUGUACAAAUUUAAAUUUAAUUUAGUAGUUACAUGUACUAUAUUAAAUGUAUCUUAUCUUAUACAACACAAAACUGUUGCUUUCAAAACUAAGAUCUAUAUUAUAUUUAUUAAUGAGAUAUUAAUAUAUGAAAAACGAAUAUAUUGUAAUAUAAAAAUUGACUUUAUGAAUAAGAGAGUGUUGCUGUCUAGAGAUAUUAAAUCCAUUAUUAAAUGGAUAUUUCUGCCCUUUAUCUGUCUAUUUAAAUUUAAAUUUUGUAGGUUUUUACAAAUUAUUUGUGAAGUAAACAAAUAUAAUAAAAUUAUUAGAAACAUUAGAAAACCAUAGCGUUCAUAUAUAUGUAUAUAUAUAUUAAAAAAUGAUACGAAGCUCAGAGAGAUAAAAUAUUAUGAUAUCAUUAAGUAUAAUCAUGAAGUAAUCAACUCACAAAAGCAGAUAUAAGGUUUGUUAUGCCAAUGCAAUUUGUAAUAUUUAAUCAUGUCAUAUAAGAUUAGUAAAUUAUAACAGAUAUUUUAAUAUCUAAUGUUAAAUAAGAAAUAUAAAAAAUAUUUUAGAUCGGAUUAAGAAUAAAAGAGAAAUAAAAUAAUUAAAACUAAUUGAGAUUAAAUAUGUAUAAUACAUUACGUCAAAUAAUACAUUAUAUCAAAUAAUUUUAACUAUUUGUUAAUAAAACUACAUUAACUGCACAGAUAUACAAGAUUUAUACAUACAUGACAAAAUUUUCAGCAUAAGACAAUUUUGACAUAAAAAAGAGUUUUAAUUAAUAAAUGAACUAAACACAUAAAUUAUUAUUAUUGGACUAGAAACAUAAGACAUAUUAAAACUUAUUGAACAAUAUUAAUUAAUUCUUCUCUUUAUGUAUGUUUUUAAAAUACAUAUUUCUCCUUUUAAAUUAAUUAAGUGUGUCUGCAAAAGUCUUAUUAAUCAAGCCAUUUAGUAAUUAAUUUACUUUGUUAUUCCAAAGCAGCAUCUGACUUUAUCGCAUAUGUAUUAGAAAUUGUAUUUCAAAAAUGAUGUAAAAACACCCUACAACAUUUAGAUCAUGUUCAUUGAUUCUAUCUAUCAUGUCACUUUAGAAGCUUCAAUUUUAAAUUAUUAGUUUUUCUGCAUUACCAUUUAUAAUUAUGUAGUAUGAACCAGAAAACAAUUAUGCUUUUGUGUUGCGCUUAAAGAUUUAUAGCAAUUUAAUGAGAUCAGAAUUAAUUCUUUGCCAACUAAAAUUUGAAUACAAAAUAUGGAUUCUUAAAACAAAUAAACCUUUAAAGCCACACAUUAUGGUUUAUAAAGCCAAUUACUUAUAAAGCAUACAUAAUCAGAUUAUCGAUAAGCGGAAUUAUUGCUAAAAACCAACCACGACCUUCUUUUAAAAAUAUCUUAUUCUCCUAAAUAUGCAACAAUGAUAUAUUAAUAUCAUUCAAUUAUUGUAAAAUAUAUAGAAUGAAACGAAUUACCUCCUAAUUACUAAUGUAAUUAAAAAAAUAAUUAGGUAUGCAAAUAAUGCAAUAAAUCAGAAUCUUUUAAAAAAUGCCAUAUACAUGUAUGUAUAGGUAUCUUAAAGAACUAUAAUACACUAUAAAAUAGAAAGUUUCACGUCUCUGUAAACAAUCUAUUUUAUGCAAACCAAGUUUACUAUCCUUCAAUAUAGAUAUAGUUAGUUUUAAACUGAAAAUAUAUUCCAAUAUACAUAAUAAGCCUCAAACUGACAAUACAUGUACUUAAAGUUUCUUAUACUUAUCUUCAUUGUGCAUGAAGUAACAAUAAAAUUGGUAGUACUAAAAGUACCAUGCUAGUAAAUAGUAAAUACUGAUAUUAUUUAGCAUUUAACACUGUGCCAACAUAGUAGCAUAAGAAGUUCCAUUUAACAGAUAACUGACUAUGUAGUUUAUAUAAAUAUUAAUAUUUUGUAAAUACAAAGAGCAUAAUACAAAAAAUCCUUAAGAACAGAAUUGCAUGUUAGUGAUAUAUAAACAAAAUUAUAUUCUACUACAUAUAUUCACAAUCAUUCCCGAAUGAUCGUAUAAUUUCUUUAUAAAACAUGAUACAAUUUUUAGUCAUUAAUUUCAAUACAUAUUUGUGAAAGUGCAACUAGCUUCUACCAACCAGUUUGUGCUAAUUACCAAAAGAGAUUUAAAAUCUAUACUUGAAUAAAAAUUGAAUAAAAAUUGAAUUUGAUUCAAAUUAUUUUUUCUAGUAAAAUUAUAUAAAAUGCUAAAAAGACAAAUUUGUCAAUAUUGACAAUAUUGGAUUCA